UUAAUGUCACAAAAUCUUCCAUCGGUGGUUGUGUGGCUGUGUUCACAGGUAAGGCAAACUGCCCGUACUAUGCCAAAGUUGAACUCCUUGCUGACUAUCUCCAGGCUAACCUGCCAGACUUCAGGGUUCACAAGAUCACUCAGCACCCUGACAAAUGGGAGCAGUGGCUUCAUGACAUUUGUGAAACAAAUGGAUGGGAACACAGACAGUCUCCUAUCGUUUGGAGAGAAUUGUUGGACCGUGGAGGGAGAGGUCUCCUUCUGGGAGGAGUUAAUGAUUUUCUGGAAUAUGCUCAGCGCUAUUAUGGCAUCACCUCAAAGAUGUUGAGUGAGGAGAUGUUAGACAUUGCUGAGGAGAACCUGCAGGCACAUAUUGAAAAUGAAAAAGAGGAGGAAGAGAUUAAAAGUCUUAUCAAGCCUUUGCAGAUCUGGAUGACCAGUGCAUCAGCUCCAAUCUGUUAUCAGCUGAUCCCUCUGUUGGCAAGUGGAGAAGUGUUUGGGAUGACUACAGAAAUCAGUAUCCAUCUACUUGACACUGACCAGUUUAAGGAAGUUCUUUGUGGUAUUGUAAUGGAAGCUGAAGACAUGGCGUUCCCACUCCUCCGCAGUAUUUCAGAGCACACUGCAAUAGAUGAGGCUUUUAUUGAAGCUGAUAUUAUCAUUAUUCUUGACGAUGUCCUCUUAAACCUGGAAGUACAGUCCCUAGAGAACUACAUCAGAGAAGUGAGUGAGAUCUGUCAAGUAUAUGCUCCUCUGAUUGAGAAGAAUGCUAAGAGUGAAGUCAAAGUAAUUUCAUCAGGAAAAACCUUUGUAAACCUUAAGGCGAUGAUGAUUAUGACAUAUGGCCCAUCCAUUAAGCCUGAAAAUGUCAUUGCUGUUGCGACAUCCUGGGAACAUGCAGCUAAAGCCAUGCUGGCCAGGAAGCUGAAUAUGAAUGCAUCAGGAGUUAAAGACGUGAUUGUUUGGGGCAAUAUUACUGGCUGUAACUACAUUGAUUUGUCACAUGCAAAACUUUAUGGAUAUGACUGUGCUAUUUGGGGCCCAGCUAACUUUCCACAUCCUUUGUUGAAUAUGAUUUAUGAUAGUGAAUGGAUGCAUUCAGAAUUUCUGUCUGCGCAGAGUUCUCUGAGUUCCCGGGUCUGUCAUUGUGUAGGAAUGUUACCUGCUCAUGCAGUAGCGACUGCACUGAAAUACUGGUAUCAUGGCUCUCCUCCUGGAGAGAUCGUUUCUGUGGGAAUACUUACUGAAGGUCAAUUUUGUGUUCCUAAAGGAAUUGUCUUCUCUAUGCCAGUGAGGUUCCAGAAUGGUAACUGGGAAGUCAUGACAGAAUUAGAAAUUAAUGAAACAACCCAAGAAGUUCUGGGACGCUUGGCCCAUGAGCUGAUUCAGGAAAAACUCAUUGCACUAAAGGAAAUAAAAGAAAUGCAUCCAUAUGGAGCUGAUGAAAUCACUAGUAAAAGAUCUUUGCAUCAAGAUAUGGAAGCGUUGCCUACUGGCUCACUUUAG